CGCUUUCGCAGCACACAGAAUUUCCUAUUUAUCACAUCGGAAGUUGGGUUGCUCUUUGUUUGACAUAAGCCCGCAACUUCAUAAACCAAAACAAGCCUGACAAGCUUCAUGCUUCGUCGUUGAAUGCGUACAAGUUCUUUGUUUUGUAUAAAAGGAUUAGGCGCCUCUUCGUUGUCUGAUCUCGUUCGCUUUCAGUAGCGCCAUGUGUGGGCAGCGAUCCAUCAUCGCUGAAAGCAAACCAUCGCAUUGAUCGAAGAGCCCUGUGGAGCAAUCAACUGGUAAAUGGAUCUAGAGGAUUUAUCGAGCUUUUGGGCGAGAUUUCAGAUCGCCUUUUCGUGGGAUUAUCCAGAAGGCUGGGAUAUACAAGCUGUGCAGUCAGCCGUGUUUCAUGUUGUAGGCGACAGCGAAACGAGGGCUCAGGAUCAGCUUGUUGUGGGGUGUGUUCAGACAGCUGGAGCAGGUGUGAUCCUAACCCAACCAAAACCACACAGUGAUGUAGUCCCAUGUGAAAUGAGCUUCACAGCACACCCUAUGGCUCAGGAAUUCUACAUUAAAAACAUCGUCAUUGUCUCUGAAGCAAGGAACGUUGAGCUGUAUGUUGAUGAAAACUAUGAAAGAACAGCGAAGGGUAUCAUGCUUACAAUUCGCAAAGGAAGAAAAGUAUCCUUAUUUGAGACUGAGUUUGACUUGACUGAGUUCAUUCAUGGAACUUGCAGAUGCUUAGUUAAGUUCCUAUCAUAUGCAGAAGAGCAAUCAAUGAGACUUCAGACCAUUGUUGUGCGAGUUGCCAGAGUCUCUACGCUCCCUCCCAGCCCAGGAAUGCCAUUGCAGGGUUUGAUACCAGGCCAAGUGGAUAUAUCUAAUGUGAGGAGCUAUUUGGGUAGUCUGGGUAAACAACUGUCACCAGAGGCUCAGCAACUCUUGGAGUCCAUGGAAAGCAAGCAAAUGAGUCAAAGUAGAAGUGUCGCUGAGCAUGUCAGAUCUGUUAGCCAUGGCAGUGGGUCUCUGCCUGAACACCUUGGUGCCAUGAAUUUAUCAGGGAGUGAAACUAGCAUCUUAUCACAGGCCAUGACAAGAGCGAAACAACUGGAAGAGGAGGAGAAAGCAGAAAGAAUGUCGCGGAAUAUGCCAGGAAGUCCAGAAGGCGAUGAAGAUUUUAUUAAUAUGCUAGCAGGCCUGAUGGUUGAGAAGUCACCCGAAUCAGCGGAGAACUCUGCUACUCUGUCGGUGGAAAAUGGCGCACCUGAUACCCCGGAAUCACCCACGCUCGCUAAGCACCGGUGGGAAACCUACUUACAGUCUCGUGUACGUGCAAGCCGCAACAUGGUGCGCAAAGCCAGACCAGUGUCCCUCGGCAGUGCACUUCCUGUAGCGACACAGACUACAAUCAAUCCACGGGCACAGUCAUUCUGCUUGGAAGACAAGCGAGCUGUAGAACGAGUUAUGGCUGAACAAGCGCCUGCUCCGUUAGAAAAGGCUUCGUCUGACAGCUCGGAUCCCGGGAGUAAGUCCAGGUGCGCCGAAUGCGGAUGCCCCGGAUGUUUAUCAGUUUAUAACUCUAUCACCACGAACAUCUAUGCCGCAGAGAAGAGAAUUAUGGGGCGAGUUGAAGCUAAGCUCCAGGCCAUGCUCGAGCACAUGGACUCGAGGUUCGACACGUUAUUCAGAAGUUUGCUUCUCAGACAAGAGCAUUUAUAUGCACACAGCGCUCAUGGCUCAAACAACAGCUUUCCUGGUACCAGGAAGUUCUCACAGCGUAACGGUCACAAAUCUGGUGAUACUUCUGUUUGAGAGUCAAACACGCUUAGCCAAGGAUAUACAGAUCAGCGUUGGAGAAGAUUCUUUCACAGAGCGACUACAAGCGAUCCCCAAACAGUUUCGUUUGGAACAAUGGACAGUUAGCCGCAAAGUCAGAUCGAAUCAGUCUUAGACUUUAUCAUUUUGGAGGAGUUUACUUGGUGCUUGGAAAAACCUGCGAAGUUAUUUUUUCCUUUUUUUGAAAAGUGAAGGCUUUUUUCAGAUGUAAAUUUUAUCCACAGCUGGCCAAGGCCAGAGAUGACCUUGCGUAAUAUAUAACCUCUGUAUCCUUGAAGCUACCCAUUUCAAAAUUUAGGGAGUAAUAUAGUUUGUUUUGCUUUUUCACUGUCGUUUAUAAAUAUCAUUUAAUAUGUUUUUGAAAAACAGCCUAGAACUAUACCAAACGGCCUCUCGAGCAACUAAAUUUUCCCUUAGUUUCUGAAAUGUAAUGGAUGUAGCGGAAAAAUUUUGUAUCCAAAGAUUUUCAAAUAGAAGAGUAAGAUUCUUACUCACUUUUGAAACCCUGGCUAUCAAAAUGGAUUUAAAGCUUCCCUAUAUAAACGUUUGCUAUUUUUUUAUUUUAGUACUUCAGGACUAGGCCGCCGGAACAAUCUUAACCCUCUUACUCCUAAGAUCUCAUUUACAACUCUCUUCAUCGUCUGUCAUACAAUUCUCACAAUGUUCGUUCAGAGAAUUUGGUAUUGGAUUAACUAACAAUUCCUUAUUUGAUGUUUUUCGUUAUUCUCAUCACUACUCUGCCUGAUAUUGUGUGGAUGUUGUAAGGAGAAAUUCUGUAUUGGUCACUCAAGUGAGUGAAAAGGGUUAAAGAGAUAACUAAGAAAAACACUUUAGAGAUUAAGGAACUGAAUUGAAGAGAAAUUAUCUUUGAGGAACAUUUUUGCUAAAUUUUUCUAGAACUGGUAAAAAAUUUAGGAAAAUAAGUUUUUCAACGUAGCGUUAUGGGUCGAACUCAGUCUUUCUGAGUUCCGUUUUAAGUCCGACGGAAUUGUUGAUUUAAAGCCAUUGCAUUGUAAGUGAGAGAAAUUCUCCUUUUCAUCCAUUUUAUUGUAUGAGCUGUUCAGAUUGACAGCGGAAUACAAUGUUUUGCUUCAAGUAUAUAAUUAAUAAUGAAAUAUGUAACAAUAGCAAAAAACAUACAAAAUACAUAAACAUAACGGUAAUUUGGGCAGGUAAUUUGGAUCAGGUUUUAAUUAUCUUAUCAAUAUAUAAUUAGAUACAGUUGAAAGCUUACUAGCCUACGAGCAAAAAUGCUUUUGGUUUUCGCAUUACUCGGUGUUUUAACGAGAGAGCUUGCCAAAAGGUGAAACAUUUUUUAGAAAUCUUUCGAUUUAUUUAAAUAACAAGGGAGAAUAAGCAGUUAUUUGACGUCAAGUAUUUAAUUUCCCCAACUUAGGUGUAAUUUAUAUGAUAAAAGCAUUCUUUCUUAUAUUGAGAUCAUGCAACAAGUGUAGUGACAGGAUAGUUUAUAAGAAAAAAAUACAAUAACUUUAAAUGAGUAGAUAA